UUUCUAACCGCAUAAAACAAGUCGUUCAUCAACAUGAAAAAUACAUAUGAAUGCUGUUCAGUGGUUUUUAACGUAUAUUUGUAAUUGUGGGUGUUUUUUCUGCUGUAUGUGAAACAUUGCUCGUGGUUUGUUUCACUUCUUGUUAGAGGGUACAAAGCCCAUUAAUUAUUAAUGUACUGCCAUUAAACAUGCUGUAAAUUAAACCUGUUGUCUUCGAUUUGUCUGUUAUUUAUUUCCUAAAAUGAUUUUUUUUAAAAACUUCUUUACACCAAGACUUUUCACUGUACACCUGACUGGCAUGUUGUAUAAUAAAUGCAAACAGUGACUAACCAGAGUGAGAUUUUGCUGAUAUGCCACCGGGGAAGAAACCACACCUCUUCUAGAUUGCCACAUCCUGUUAAGAAGUGUGGUUUCUGUGACAUCAGUCAAUAAUCUGUUUUAUGGCUUGCUUCUGUAUCUCGGAUACGCUUGCUUACUAUCAUGGCUAAAAUGUUACAUUUCAUCACAGUUCUAAUCACUUUCAUCAUAUUACAAGUUAACACAACUACAAUGAAUCAAACUACAAGUCAAGCCACCACCAAAAGAACCCAGCCUUCAAGCGCAGAAUUGACCUCCACCUAUUCUUCCACCACUUCUCCAAGCACGGUGUCCUCAACUUCUGCUUUGAGUAAAGAACAUCCAACAAGCAGGACAUCUCUUGCAACUAGCAUUAAUCAAACAGCAACAUCUUCUCAGCCCCCCACAGCAACAACUGUCAAGAUCACAACCACUGGCAAAACCAGUACAGGUUCAGCAAUGAAGAAUAGCAGUGAAACCACAGCUUUUGGGUCAUUAUCAACCAGCCUGUCAUCUACUAAAGAACCCAGAUCAACAGCUGCUUCAACAGGAACAGUCAGUGCAGUCUCACAUUCAGAGAUCACAACUACUGACCAAACCAAUAAGGCUUCAGCGGUCACUAACAUCAGUCAAACCACUGAUUUAUCGUUAAAAGUCGUUUCAUUAAUAACCAUCCUGUCAUCUACUAAAGGACCCACAUCAGCAGCUGCUUCAACAGGAGAAGUCAGCGCAAACUCAGCUUCCGGUAAUGAGGGAAAAGACAACUUGGUGAUGAACCCAGGUCUUGUUGCAAUCCUGUGCAUAUUCUUUAUAGUUUUGGCUUUGGUCCUUGUGGUUGCGCUUGCCAAGAUCAUCAGUUACAGAAGAAAUUCCCAGUUUGAAAGGCUAAAAGAUUUACCGAUGUCCCAGCAGAGCAAGGUGAACGAGAGUGCACCGUUUGCUCAAUAUCCUCCAAAAUAAACAAGACUUUCAUCAUGUGGGCAUCAGAACUGAAAGUGUAUAUGCAGACUGGGAAAUGGAUGAAGUUAUAGAGUCAUAUCAUAUAUGUUUAAAGUAAUACAGUAUAAAUGAUUUCAUUUGAAUGCUUUUAAAUUCUUUUCAUAUUCGAAUGAGUCUGUUCGGGUAAUUCACAUGAUCAUAACAGCAUGCUACGAUUAUAUGUCUGCUUUUGAGUAUGUGAGACAUACAGUAGAGAGAGAUAGAGCAAGCAUGGGUGUGUGUAUGUUUAGGUAAGUUUGUGAGUUUAUCAUUGAGCCGUGUCAUUUCUGUUUGCCCAUGAUACGGUAUUUUCACUAACUAGACUUUAUUUCCUGUUAAAACUAUUGUGGGUCAUGUUUGCAAGGUUGUUGAGACUACAAAUAAAACUACAAAGUGCUGUAUGUUUCCGCAUAGCUUUGAAUACUAAGA